AUGCUUGGCGCCGCCGAGCCGAAGCGUCCGUGCCAUGCGGACGACGGCGGCGCCGGUGAUGCGGGCGAUGACCGUCUGAGCGCGCUGCCGGAUGAUCUCCUCCGGGCCAUCCUGUCGCGCCUCAAGGCCCGGCAGACGGUGCAGACGUGCGCGCUCGCCGCGCGGUGGCGGCACCUCUGGCGCGCCGUGCCGUGCCUCGACAUCAACGAGCGGGACUUCACGACCAACCUCCUGCGCGGCCAUGAGUUCACGCUCCUGGAGGACUUCCGGCUGCACGGGGCCACCGUUACCAUCGGGGAUCAUUGGCUCCGCCACGAGAUAGGUCGAGAUGCAUGGCCUCGCGGGCUCAGAAGGUUGCGUCUUUCAAACGUGGAAUUGCAACUGGCAGAUCUCGCGAGCCACAUCAGCAGCUCCCGCUGCCCUGCUCUGGAGGAGGCGCGGCUGGAAAAAUGCUGGUUCUUGCUCACCAGCAAUAUCAAGAUCGCCUCCUCCUCGCUCAAGAAACUGGUCGUCCAUGGCGAGUACAUCAUGGACGAAUUUGAAGUUUUCAAGUUGUUGUUAUUCAAUGAGGGUCAUGAGAAUCUUCCUCUACUCAAGUUUAAGAACCUGAGAACCUUGUUCCUGGGUGUGUGCCGUAUCAGCGAUGACUUCCUCGGGCUACAGCAAUACCUGUGGAACUCACCUAACCUGCAGAGGCUCACCAUGCGCCAUUGCAAGGUCUUGGAUUUCCAACCUACAAAGGAGGUGAUGGAACGCCACCAAUCAUAUUCUAAGGACCUGGAGCAUUUCAAGUGCAAGAAGCUUAGGCUUUGUGACAGUGAUCCUUCUGUCCAUCUAUUGGUCAAGUUGCAUGUCUAA